UCUUGCUCUAGGCUCUAGUGCAGCUCGUUUUGCGCGAAUAGCCCCAGGUCGACCUAUACACAGUACAUACACCCGACAACGGUUUCCAACAUGGCCUCCCUACCGCCAGAAGUUGAGGCUUCUUACUCCGCCAUUAUUGAUAGCAUCCUUGCCAACAGCGAUCUCAACACCAUCUCCGCCAAACGCAUUCGCAAAGGCCUCCAGGCGCAAGUCGACUAUGACAUUACCCAUCAGAAGGACCAAGUGACGCAGUUGAUCAUGUCCCGAUUUGAUAAAUUCAACCACGAACAAACCCUCAAGACUCAACAGGAAGUUGUAGAGCCCCCAAAGCCAGCCCCCACUGCAGCAGUACCUCCAGCUACCAACGGCAUCAAGGAAAAAGAGUCUCGCGACUCUUCAGACGUUGUCACACCUUCGGACCAAUCCUCUCCCCAAAAGCGCGCGAAAUCGGAGGAGGAAUCGGAACUGUCUGAGGUGGAGCCCUCACCGCCAAAGAAGAAACACAAGAAGAGCAGCAAGAUGGCUGAAGAGGAUGACGCGACACUUGCGGCGCGGUUACAGGCUGAGGAGAACAGGCACGCUAGAUCGACCCGCGGUGGGAACACUAAGAAGAGGGCGCCGGUGGUGAAGAAGAAGGACAAAGCUGCGAAGAAAAAGCAGAAGAGCGCGAGGAAGAUCAACUCGGACGAUGAUAGUGAGGUUGAGUCUGGUGAAGGGGCUAAAAAGAAGGAAGUGAACCGGAACAGCGGCUUUCACAAGCCUAUGAACCUCUCACCGGCGCUGUCGGAGUUGUUGGGCGAGACUAGUCUUUCUCGCCCCCAAACCGUCAAGAAGAUCUGGGAAUAUGUCAAAGAGCGCGACCUGCAAGACCCCAGCGACAAGCGCCAAAUACGUUGCGAUAAUGCAAUGCGUGCCGUCUUCAAGCAGGACCGCGUGCACAUGUUCACCAUGAACAAGAUUCUUAAUCAGAAUCUUUACGCCCAGGACGAGUGAUCCUGUCGUGAAGCGGCAGGCACUCACUUUCGGAUUGAUGCGCUCGGGCGAACACUACAUUAGGCGUUGAUACCUUCAGCUGGCAUCCGUCUUACCGGGUUAAAGCCUCACAUUUAUGAACACCCGCAAGCCUCGUUGCUUUGCCCGUCCGGUGGAGUACCUGUCCUAGCUGGGCGACUCUUUUUGUUUGCCUUUUGUUGCCUUCUUCUCUUUUGUCUGACUUUCAGCAUGGCGAUCUCGGGAGUUUGCGUGGCGUCGUUCUAUCUAUCUACAUUAUAUCUUGAUGUGAGUCCAGGCUAGGUAGUGCGAAGUAAUACCCGACGCUCUUGCUGAAGGCAUAAUCCGCUAGCUUUUGCUU